AAAGGAAAAAUCUCAGGAUUGCAUGUAUCUCCAAUACUGUAAAGUGUGCCAGGCUUACAAGGCACCACGUUCACACCACUGUCGAAAAUGUAACAGGUGUGUCAUGAAGAUGGAUCACCAUUGUCCUUGGAUCAACAACUGUUGUGGAUACCAGAAUCAUGCAUCUUUCACUCUCUUCCUCCUGUUAGCUCCACUGGGAUGCAUUCAUGCCUCUUUCGUUUUUGUUAUGACAAUGUACACUCAGCUUUAUAACAGAAUAUCUUUUGGGUGGAGUUCUGUUAAAAUUGACAUGAGUGCAGCCAAAAGAGACCCUCGACCUAUUAUUCCCUUUGGACUGUCUGCAUUUGCUGCAUCUUUAUUUGCCUUAGGACUGGCAUUAGGAACAACUAUUGCCGUUGGUAUGUUGUUCAUUAUCCAGAUGAAAGUCAUCUUGACAAAUAAAACUUCAAUCGAAUCCUGGAUUGAAGAAAAGGCCAAAGACAGAAUCCAAUACUACCAAACGGGUGAGAUCUUUAUUUUUCCUUAUGACACGGGAAGUAAAUGGAAGAACUUCAAGCAAGUGUUUACAUGGUCUGGGGUUCCCGAGGGAGAUGGCCUGGACUGGCCGGUGAGAGAAGGCUGUCAUCAGUACAGUCUGACGAUAGAGCAACUGAAACAGAAAGCAGACAAGCGAGUAAGAAGUGUGCGGUAUCGAGCAGUAGAAGACUACAGUGGUGUCUGCUGCCCUGUGACGAAAGGUGUUAAAACAUUCUUCACAACACCGUGCACUGAAGAACCUAGAAUUGCCCUGAGUAAAGGGGAUCUGAUUUUAGCCACAAGAGGCUUAAAACACUGGAUGUAUGGGGAGAAGAUUCUCGACUCAGCUGCUGAUGGUGGAAUAAGAGAACGAGGCUGGUUCCCUAGGAAAUGUGUGGAAAAAUGCCAAUAUGACUCUGAAAUGGAUCAACCAAUGGAUGGAGAGAAGAAAACCAGAUAGCCUUCUAUUUCUUUUUUUUUAAGUGAUGGAAAUUUUAUCUU